AUGAUCAACCUGCGGGCUAUGUUUCUUUUCAUGCUCUCCUUUGUCGCAGAUGCGAUGGCCAAAGGACGAGGUGGUGGAGGCGGUGGAGGAUCAUCGUCGUCUGGGAGUGGCGGAGGCUCCAGCUAUGAUCCUAACAGGGACGACUCACUCCAGGCCAUAAUCAAUAUGGCAAUCAACAUUGUCUUGGCUCUCAUCGUACUCAGUCUGCUCGUGUCAAUCUGUCGACGCCUCGACCACGUCACUCACUCGACUGCUCCCUAUGUACUCCUUGCCAUUGUGACGAGCACAGUAAUUGCUGGAUACGCCACAUCAGCCGCCAUAGUCAGGUUCUACAAACCAGCGCUCGCCCUAUACGCAGUUAACGGCUUUUUAUGGGAUUUUGACAUUGCUUUCGAGCCAGCAGUAUGCCUGUGGCUUAUUCACUGUCGGGGCGAACUCGUGACCACUUCGCAAUUCGUAAACGCUACGCCAUGGGUAUCGCAACGCUGGAAGCGCAUCGUCGACUGGUCGCUUGCGGCACUUACAUUUAUCAUCGCCAUCACGAUGACAUCUGUGCUCCUGAGAGCAAAAGUGAUGCGCAACGAACCUCGUUUCAACGUCAACCUCUAUCUCUACUAUCUCGACGUCGGUCGCAACCUCAAAUUUGCCGUCGUUGGACUCGGCGUCCUUUUAUUGAUCAAUGUCGUGAUUUCACUCAUUGCUCUCAAAGCCUCACAGAGCAGAGGUCGCUUUGUUGACCGAAUUACAACACGACUUCUUUUCAUUGUCUUGCCCUUUGUGAUUCUUGGGAUUACCCAAUCUCUCGCAUUCACAAUCUACCGAGAAAUCAACCCCAGCAUUGGCGCCAUCUUUGACCUUGUCGUCGUUGUGACUGGUGGCAUUUGCAGAAUUGGGACCAUUGGUGGACUCAUGGCCACCAUGAGAGUGUUCGGCGCUGUGGUCCCCAAGACCAUUGACUCUACUCUUCCCCUCCCAGUCGAUGGAGCGCAUAAGCUGGAGUAUUCACAGCAAUCCUUGGCCACUCAGCCACCGACAGGACUGUGGCAUGACCCACCUUCGAUGCCCAUUGUCCCAGUACAAUACUCCCAGCCAAGCUACUAUCCGCUCCGGCAAGGCUCACCACCACCAAUCCAUAAGACAUAUAACUCUUGA